UCACUGAAUUCAUUUCCACAUUGACCCACCGCGCACGUUAGUCUCCAGCACCUCCCCCGCUAGCGCUAGGGUUUACUUUCCUUUCUUUUCCUUUGAUUUCCCUUUGAUUCCAUUUUUCUUUCCCUCAUUCUAGAAAGAGUAAGAAGGUCUUCACGGGGACUUUUAGAAUACAGACCCGGAAGCUGACGUUGGGUUUUUGAGGGCAAUUCUGAGUGACUAAUUUGAAGAACUUAGAUUUUAGGGUUUUAGCGUUGGAAGAAAAGGUUGCUCUUGUUCUUGUUGCAUAGCAAGUUUAGGUUUGUGUUUGUGACUUUUGGUGGAGAUUGAAUUGUUAUGCGCUUAUAUUACUGUGAAGAAUUUUUAUUGUUUGAACUUGGUGUCCCAAAGUUUGAAGGUUUUGAAUGACUGCACCCUUGUGGAUAUCUAGGGAAAAUCAAAAGUGCUUCCUGGUCAGGUUUUUGCAGCUUAUGCGAAGUUUGAGGUUGUUGUUGUGAAAGAUUGCUAGCUGGUGCUUGAGCUUGGAUUUUUGAGGUUCUGGGGUAUUCUGUUGAAGCUUUUGAAUGGUUUGACUUUGUGGCUGUUUGGAAAAAUUGGGAUUAGUUUCUUGUGGUGCAGUUUGCAGUUUAGUUUUUUGAAAUGGAUAAUUCGAAGAACCGGCAUAAUGAUCAUCUGGGUGUGAACAAGAUCGGGAAGAAUAUAAAGAAGAGCCCGUUGCAUCAACCUAAUUUUGCUAAUAAUGCAGCUAGGCAGCAGCCUCAGCCUCAGGUUUAUAAUAUAAGCAAGAAUGAUUUCAGGAACAUUGUUCAGCAGCUCACUGGUUCACCUUCACAAGAUCCUUUGCCCAGACCACCACAGAAUCCACCCAAACCCCAAAGUAUGAGGUUGCAGAGAAUUAGGCCUCCACCAUUGACACCAAUCAAUCGACCCCAUAUUCCACCUCCAGUCCCAGUCCCGGUCCCAGCCCCUGCUCAUGUACCGGCUCCAGUUCUCCCUCCUGCUCCUUAUAACAAUAGCUUAGUUAGACCUGGUCAAUAUGGACCACCAUCACCUGCAAUGUUGCAACCUAUGAUGCCUGGAGAUGCUUUUUGGGGAAAUACAGCUGAAUCUCCUAUCUCAGCUUAUAUGCGGUACCUUCAGACUUCUCUUAUAGAUCCAAGUCCAGUUGGAAACCAAGUUCAACCUCAACUACACCCCCCAGUUCCAGGUCAACCUCAGGCUCUGCCACCAUCUUCUGGUUUACUUCCUAGUCCACCAAUGCCAGUUCUUCCUUCCCCAAGAGGAGUAAAUGGUCCUGUACCACCAAUGCCUAAUCUCCCUUCUCCACGAAUGAAUGGUCCUGUUCCACCAAUGCCCAAUCUUCCAUCCCCACGGAUGAAUGGGCCUGCCCUUUUACCCUCUCCAACUUCUCAAUUCCUUUUGCCGUCACCUACUGGUUACAUGAAUUUGUUGUCCCCCCGCUCACCUUACCCUUUGCUUUCUCCUGGGGUUCAAUUUCCUCCAAUGACUCCUAAUUUUGCUUUUUCACCAAUGGGUCAGUCAGGGAUUUUAGGUCCAGGGCCUCAACCUCCACCUUCCCCUGGUCUUGUGUUUCCAUUAUCACCUUCUGGGUUUUUUCCCUUCCCAAGUCCAAGAUGGAGGGAUCAAUAGUCCAAGAUAUUGCAUUAUUGUUCUCAUCAGUUCCAUACUUGUUGAGGAACUGGGAGCUUCUUCAUGAAGGUUAAUCUCCUUCCGAUGGAGGUUCAAUUGUGAAAAUAUAAUGUACACUGAUGGUGUAAGGGUCUUCUUAAAGUUCUAUUUGCUUCUUUUGUUUUCUUUUUUGGUCUUUUACCAUGUUGAUACCCAUUUCCCAAGUUGUCUGCGCUGAGGCUUGUAACAGCUGCAAUGCUUUUUGUAUUCUUGGACAAGUUUUUCCUAGGAAAUAGUGGAGAUCGGAUAACUCAGUUGGACAUCUGGAUAGAAGCUGUAACAUGAAAGAGCUGUAACCUGUAAGGAGGUAGGAUCACAGGCAUAAAAAAUUUAUAGGUAGGCAAAUCUAGUUGAAAAAUUCUUGUGUAGUUGAACUGUUGUGGAUUAAAUCCUAAUUAGUUUCAGUUAAAUUCUUGUUCAAUCGGAUGGCAUGUGGAAAUAAAAUGUUCAAGCAAUUCUUCA